CUCGAUUGGCAUUGAUUCAUUCGUAGUUUAGUUUGUUUGAAUUUGAUUAACUAAGUGUUUAUUCCGUGUAAUAAACAUAUGUACCACAUCAACCUGCGUGUAGACGUUUAGCUCAAGUACAAGCAACGUAAGUAGCUAAUAUGUUACACGUUAGCGAAGCUAACCAGCUAGCAAGCCAACUUUACGUUUUAUGUGUGUCCAGCUCAGAGUUAUGUAGCUAGCUCGUAACUAGUAACACCACGGGAAUCUCAUAAGGAGAGAAAUCAGGGUGAUUGAAGUACGCCACACCCUGCCGAAAGCGUUGUAGUAGAUAUGUCUGGUCGUGUGUACGCCAGCAUCCUUCAAAGAGCUUCGAGCUACGCUCACACACUUUCUUCUACUAUCUCAUUCCAGCCGCGACCAGCCCACAUUUGUCACUUCUCAUCCUGGGGUACCAUCAGAUCAGACCACUUGAACUUCACCGGUGAGGGGUCAGGAAAUUGGUCUCAAAGAGGGCAACACUACUCAACUCGUCAGGAUCUAGACCUUCAGCUCAGCCGAGUCCAAAUCAACAGUAUUCUGCGAUCUUAUGAGCAGAUUGUGAGUGUACCAGAGUUUGAUGGCAGGGGACUCAGUACUGUGAAAAAGUUUGAGAGUAACCAGCUAGCUGCUAACACACCAAAUGAGGACCGGCGCAGUGCAGCCACCUGCCUACAGUCAAAGGGCAUGCUCUUUGGAGUGUUUGACGGCCAUGGGGGUUGGGCAUGUGCCCAGGCUGUCAGUGAGCGACUGCUGUACUAUAUAGCAGUUGCUAUGAUGUCAAAGCAGAGCCUGGAGGAGCUUGAGAAGUGCAUGGAGAAUGGCAGGCCCGUUCCUCCCAUCUUGCAGUGGUACAAACACCAUGCAGAUUUCAACUAUCGUGAAUCUGCUUCACUCUACAUUGAACAUCUUAGAGUUUUCUGGCAGGAACUACUGGACAGUGAGGAACAUGAUGAAGGCAUGAGCCCUAUGGAUGCACUGAAUUGUGCUUUCAAACGUCUCGAUGCAGACAUCUCCUUAGAGGCUCAAGUCCCUCUUUCCAAUGACCUGAUGAAAAGCACAGCCAUUCAGGUGGCGUUUGCUGGUUGCACUGCCUGUGUGGCUCAUAUUGGCACAGAUGGGAUCCAUGUAGCAAAUGCCGGAGACUGCCGAGCAGUGUUGGGAGUGCGGGAGGAGGACGGUUCAUGGAGCGCUUUACCCCUGUCCAAGGACCAUAACUCUCAGAACCCGGCUGAGGUGGAGCGAAUCAAAGCACAACACCCGCCAUCCGAGAGAGACAAAGUGGUCACAGAUGACAGACUGCUCGGGGUUCUGAUGCCCCUGCGCGCGUUCGGUGAUGUGAGAUUCAAGUGGAGCUGUGAGUUGCAGCAGAGCAUUUUAGCCAGCCUGGAAUCCGGAGUGGAUCUCGACUCUCUCAACCUGUACCAGUACACUCCACCUAACUACCUAACUCCACCCUACUUGGACGUGACACCAGAGAUAACGUAUCACAAGCUCAGACCUCAGGACAGCUUCCUGAUCCUUGGAACUGACGGGCUGUGGGACGAACUAAGCAGUGAGGAGGCUGUGCGACUGGUUGGAGAGCACCUGAGUGGGAUUCACCUACAGGCUCCAGUUUCUCCGUCCGAGAGGCAGCUGAAGUUGGGUCAGUUGCAUGAACUUUUACUGAAACGCCGGGCCCGUGCCUCCCCCGCCCUGGACACCAACGUUGCCACGCACCUCAUCAGACAUGCUCUCGGCACAGGGGAGUAUGGAGAGCUAUGCCAGGAGAGACUGGCCUCUAUGCUCGCUCUGCCAGAGGACCUGGCUCGAAUGUACAGGGACGAUAUCACAGUGACUGUGGUGUAUCUGAACUCUGACCUGGCCAGACCUGACCGCAGCUAACAGAACAGUAUUUUUUUUUACCGUACUGGACAGAGAUAAAAGUGGGAUACAAAUGGCAAUCAUUACAACCUGUUACAUAGAUUGAUUUAUACACAUUUUAAGAUUAAUGGACAGUUUUCAAGUGAUGUAUUGUUUACAGGUUGUUUUUUUUUUUUUAUCACUGUUCCAUAGACUUAACACAGAUUAAAUAUUCAUAAUUGCAGCAUCUAUCAGGUCAACAUACUCAUUUUUUUGCAGUGUAUUCAUUGAGGUGUAAAUACAAGGCUACAGAAUAAUGCACACACUCACUUUGUUCCUUGUCUGCAUUUUUGUUUCUAUUUGUCUUGCACAGUUUGCUUUAGACAAUCUGUCUUUGACUUGUUUUCCUGUUUACCUCUACGUGUGCUGUGAAGAAUACUUUUAAUUUUAUAUAAAUGUAUAAACUGUCUUUAAUGUGACUGUCAGUUGUAUUUAAGUUGACACUGCCACUCAUUGAAGGAAGGGUGCAGAUGCCUCAUAUUAAACAGUUGACAAAUUA